UUUCCAUAGUUCUCUCCCUGCCGAAUGCCGAUGCUUCUUGCAUCGCCAUUCCUGAAAUUUCUUGUGAGAUUCAAGCUUAAUCUUGGUUAGAAGGCUCGGAUUGGAUCGGGGAAGGCGGUGGGACUGAUGGCGAGCGAUGCGGAGGUGGAGAAUGGGCGUGAAGUCUCCGCCAAUGGCCUCUCCAUGAAGACAUCUGACGUUGAGGCCAAGCUGGAUCAGGGAAACAUUGCAGAGGCUGAGUCUGUGCUCCGAGAGGGCCUUUCUCUCAAUUCCGAGGAAGCAAGAGCCCUUCUAGGAAGGUUGGAAUACCAGAGAGGAAACAUAGAAGCCGCUCUUCGGGUAUUUGAAGGCAUAGACCUACAAGCAGCCUUACAACGUUUGCAGCCAACUUUAUCUGAAAAGACUCCUUCCAGGAGGAGGCGCUCACGCACUGAAUCAAUUCAUUCGGUCUCUCAUAGUUCUGUUACUCUUGUUCUUGAAGCACAAUACUUGAAGUCAUUGUCGCUUCAGAAACUUGGCAAAGCCAAUGAGGCUGCCCAAGAGUGUGUUGGUGUUCUUGAUGCUGUGGAAAAGAUAUUCCAGAAUGGCAUACCGGAUACACUGGUGGACAGUAAGUUACGAGAAACAGUUAAUAAAGUUGCAGAGAUUCUUCCAGAACUCUGGAAGCAAACCGGUAAAUAUCAGGAAGUGUUGGCUGCUUACAGGCGUGCUCUUCUUGGUCCAUGGAACCUUGAUUGUGAUUUUCAGGCUAGGAUACAAAAAAGAUUUGCAUUGUUUUUGUUAUUUAGUGGUGUUGAAUACGAUCCACCGAAACUGGCUGCACAAGUCGAAGGCUCAUAUGUGCCAAAGAACAAUUUGGAAGAGGCUAUUCUGCUUUUGAUGAUAUUGAUGAGGAAGUCACUUGUUGACAAAUCCCAAUGGGACCCUUCGGUGAUGGAACUCCUGACUUUUGCACUCUCUAUAGGUGGCCAAACAUCUAUGUUAGGUCGACAGUUUGAAGAACUUUCGCCAGGAAUGUACCCGCGUUAUGAUCGAUGGAACAAUAUGGCACUUUGCUACACUGGAGCAGGACAGAAAACUGCUGCAUUGAGUUUAUUGAGGAAGUCUUUGAGCAAGCAUGAAAAUCCUGAUGAUAUUCUUGCGUUGUUAUUGGCUUCCAAAAUUUGCAGCGAGGAUCAGUCUCUUGCUUCUGAGGGAAUAGAAUAUGCUCGCAGGGCUUUAGCAAAUGCGCAAGUGUCUGAAAAACAUCUGAAGGGUGCAGGCCUCCGUUUCUUAGGCAUUUGUUUGGGAAAGCAAGCUAAAGUUGUUUCAUCUGAUCAGGAAAGAUCUCAUUUUCAGUCUGAAGCUUUGGAGGUACUAAAUGAGGCAAUUUCUAUUGAGUGUGACAACCCGGAUUUGCUGUUUGACUUAGGUCUCCAAUAUGCUGAGAAUGGCAACUUAAAUGGUGCCCUUAGAUGUUCAAAGCAAUUCAUCGAUGCAACAGGUGGAUCGGUGCUAAAAGGUUGGAGAUUGCUUGUUUUGGUGUUGUCAGCUCAGCAGCGGUAUUCAGAGGCCGAGGUUAUUCUUGAUGCUGCGUUAGAUGAGACUGCAAAGUUGGAACAAGGGCCAUUACUAAGACUAAAGGCAAAACUGAAAGUAGCUCGAUCUUUACCCAUGGAUGCAGUGGACACAUAUCGACUCUUGUUUGCUCUCAUUCAAGCUCAAAAGAAGUCUGGAAAUACCGGCAAUAUUCCUCAGGUCGAGGAUGAGAAGGUCAGUGAGUACGAAGUCUGGAAAGGUCUUGCAAAUUUAUAUUCUAGCCUUUCCCAUUGGCGAGACGUCGAAAUAUGUCUGGAGAAGGCCAAGGCCUUGCAGCCGAAUUCUGCUGCUCUACUCCACAUGGAAGGAAUAAUGCAUGAAGCUCGCGGUGAUACCUCGCAAGCUUUGUCUACUUUUAGUGACGCGGUCUUAGUUGACCCCAGUCACGUGCCGUCGAAGGUAUCGAUGGGUGUUUUGCUAUGGAGAACGGGUUCGAAAUCUCUCUCUGCUGCCAGAGCAUUUCUUUCUGAUGCUUUGAGGCUCGAAAGAACCAAUCGUCUCGCUUGGUAUUAUCUCGGAAUGGUUCAUAAAGACGAAGGGAGGCUAUUGGACGCCACCGACUGUUUCCAAGCAGCAUCCAUGUUAGAAGAAUCAGAUCCAAUAGAAUCCUUCAGCUCAAUUUCAUGAGCAUCAAAUGACCAAAAACAUUUUUUUUUUCUGAAUUUUUGGAACUAGAGAUAGAAUUCCAUUUAUUUUUUAUAUGAAAGUAAAUCAUCGAGCCGGGGGUCAUGCCGAAAUAUUAUGUUAUUGUUGUAAACAUCAAGAUGUAUUGAUAUUCAAUUAUUGCGAUAAUGCCAGUUAUAUAUGUAUGUAUGUAUGUAUGUAUGACGUAUGUAUAUAAAUGUAUCACAUGCCAUAAUAAGAGUAACAUUGCAUAUGUGAUUAAAAAUA